GGUGCAGCGCGGCGGGGCCGGAGCUGCCAGAGCCGGGGCCCGGCGGCCGUGAGGGGAGAGCGGGUGCGUGAGGCCGUGGCGCCGGGUGCGGAAUCGGAGGCGGCCGACAACCUGUGAGCCGGUGGCGGUGGCGGAUGCGGCCUGCGUGCGGCGUUGCGGGGAUAAGGCGCGGCCUCGGGCGGCGAUGUGCAGCUGACACGCGUGUGGGGAGAGGCUGACCGAAGGCGCCGGGUGCUGCGGCCGACGGUCUCCUCCAUGCUUGAAGGUGGAAUGUUCAGGAGCUACCUCGUUGCCUGAUUGUCUACCAUUUUCAACUGGAUGUGCUCGGCCUUCAGGAUGUAACAUGGAAGAGAGAAAAUAACUUUCGAAGAAGCUGCUUCAUCAAAAGAAUGGCCUUUCUGGACAACCCUGCCAUUAUCCUGGCUCACAUUCGUCAGUCACAUGUCACAAGCGAUGACACGGGGAUGUGUGAAAUGGUUCUCAUUGACCAUGAUGUUGACAUGGAGAAAAUGUACGCUCCUGUAUCCAGCAAUUUCAGGACAAAAGUGCAGGGGGAAGGGAGUGGUGAGACUCAGGGCUAUGACUACUCGCAAUCAGUUGACAUUACCUCAAGUUGGGAUUUUGGUAUUCGGAGGCGAUCAAACACAGCUCAAAGACUUGAACGAUUACGAAAAGAACGACAAAAUCAGAUUAAAUGCAAAAAUGUUCAGUGGAAAGAGAGAAACGCUAUACUCUCAGCUGAAGAACUCGGCUGCUUAUUCGAAAAGAAGGACUUCCGUGCAAAACCACUGACUGCUGGAACAUCAUCUAUGCUUUCUGUACGACUUGAACACUGUCCGCAUCAGCUGAACAACCCAUUCAAUGAGUAUUCCAAGUUUGAUGGCAAGGGCCACAUUGGUACCACAGCAACCAAAAAUAUUGAUGUCUACCUCCCCAUGCAGACAAGCCAAGACAAGAUGCAGCCAAUGACUGUGGUGACAAUGGCAAAUGCAAGAGUUCAGGAUCUGAUUGGCUUGCUGUGCUGGCAGUACACCAGUGAAGGACGUGAACCCAAGCUGAAUGAAAAAGUGGACGUCUACUGCCUUCAUAUUGCCGAGGAUGAUGGAGAAGUUGAUGGCGAUUUUCCACCAUUGGAUUCCAAUGAGCCAAUUCAUAAGUUCGGCUUCAGUACACUGGCACUAGUUGAGAAGUACUCACCGCCUGAGCUGGCAGCAAAACAGUCUCUCUUUGUUCGCAUUAAUGCCCCACAGAGUGGAUUCUCACUUAUUCAAGUUGACAGCAUGAAUGUCACGAUGAAGGAGAUACUACAGAAGGCUCUAAAACGAAGAAAAGGUUCACAAAAGGCUGCAGAACAUCAAUAUCGGCUUGAGAAGCAAAAUGAACCUAACGUAGCUGUAGAUUUAGAUCGUACCUUAGAGAGUCAGAGCACUUUGGAAUUCUGUCUGGUCAGAGAGUACAGUUCGAGAGGAGAAGAGAGUUCAGAGGAUGAGCCGCCUCUGGAGAUCACAACGGUACAGGACAUUCUGAGCAGCCAUCGCUACAAGUCUUACAAAGUCAGCAUCGUUCACAAGCUCCGAUUCACCACUGAUGUUCAAUUAGGUAUCUCGGGAGAAAAGGUGGAGAUAGACCCUGUUACUAAUCAGAAGGCAAGCACCAAGUUUUGGAUUAAACAGAAACCCAUUUCAAUUGAUUCUGAUCUACUCUGCGCUUGUGACCUUGUGGAAGAGAAGAGUCCAAGCAACGCAAUAUUCAAGCUCACAUAUCUAAGCAAUCAUGACCACAAGCAUCUCUACUUUGAAGCAGACACCAACACAGUCAAUGAAAUUGUGCUGAAGAUUAACUAUAUUUUGGAAUCCAGAGCAAGUUCAGCACGAGCUGAAUACCAGGCUCAGAAACAAAGAAAACUUAGCAGAAGAACAAGCUUCAGUUUUCAGAAGGACAAAAAAUCAGGGCAGUAGCAGCAGCAGCAGCAGCAGCAUCAAUGCAAACUGUCUGGACAAUUCUGCUGAGAGAGGGAGAAGCUCCCCACAGCAUUACAGGUGGGCGAUAGGACGUUGAAGUUGUAACUGUCCAGGAACAGAACGGCAAAGGAAACGGAUUCAGAUUUGGAGGCAUUUGAGAUCUCUUGCUAUUCUUGCAUUCAAGGGAUCUUGGUCUUCCUGUUUGGGAUGCAGAUUUUCCUUCCAGAUUCUUCCUGUUGCCGAGCAGCCAUAUCAGACAGAAACAAAUGCUGGUGGCUCGGUUUGUUCCCCUGUUUCAUGGGGAGAGGCCACCUAUAUAAUCACCUCCGGAUUAUGGAUACAAUAAAUUGCACUGUCUGACAAGUGACUUCACACAGGUUGUCGUAGCUUGUCACCUGAUCAAAGAUGAAAGCUAAUCAUGUUGGGACAAAACCAUGACAUUUCCUUUUCUGAUUCUUUUAAAAAUACAAUUACUGGAUAAGUAGUUUAAUAAGUUUUUUCUUAACAGCUGAAUAAUACAUUUUUUAUGACCUCUGGAAGAAAUAAACAUUAGUUUUUACUGUGA